AUGCAGAGCCUGGGUCGCGAGCUGGGCAGCCCGCCGGCGGACGGCAUUUCGAACGUGCGCUUCUCGAACCACUCGGACCACCUCCUCGUCGCUUCCUGGGACUCCGUGAGUGCCGCCUGCCGUGCUGUGAGUGCCGCCUGCCGUCCUGUGAGUGCCGCCUGCCGUGCUGUGAGUGCCGCCUGCCGUGCUGUGAGUGCCGCCUGCCGUGCUGUGAGUGCCGCCUGCCGUGCUGUGAGUGCCGCCUGCCGUGCUGUGAGUGCCGCCUGCCGUGCUGUGAGUGCCGCCUGCCGUGCUGUGAGUGCCGCCUGCCGUGCU